AUGUCCAUUUCUGGAACUCUUAGCAAUUAUUAUGUCGACUCCAUUAUAAGUCAUGACAGCGAAGACUCUCCCGCCGCCAAAUUCUCUUCCGGGCAGUAUUCAAACUCCAGGCAAACUACCCACCCUGAGCACCUCGAGUUCCCCUCCUGUAGUUUCCAGCCCAAAUCCUCCGUUUUCAGCGCUUCCUGGACGCCUCUGACGCCACACACUGCCGCCGCCCUUCCUUCGGUCUACCAUCCCUACAUCCAGCAUCAAAACAUCCCUACAUCCGAUAGCAGGUAUCUACGGAGCUGGCUGGACCCAGUGCCCCGCACAGAAAACAUAGCCGGGCAGGGACCAGUUAAAACAGAGCCGCUGCUGGGACACCCCGGGGAGAUCCGUAAACAGGGGACACAGGAGUACCAUUUAGACACUUCUGCUGGAAGGGAAGGGAUCGCUUCCAAUCAAAGGCCCAGCUUCGAGGACAAUAAAGUUUGUGAAGGAAGCGAGGACAAAAGCAGGCCAGAUCAAAGUAAUCCUGCAGCCAACUGGUUGCACGCACGCUCCUCCAGGAAGAAACGAUGCCCCUACACAAAGUACCAGACCUUGGAACUGGAGAAAGAGUUUCUGUUCAAUAUGUACCUCACCAGGGACCGUAGACAUGAAGUGGCCAGGCUGCUCAACCUGAGCGAAAGACAAGUCAAAAUCUGGUUUCAGAAUCGAAGGAUGAAGAUGAAGAAAAUGAACAAGGAACAGGGCAAAGAAUGA